AUGUUGGUCAAAUCCACCAUGACUCCAUCAGCCUCGACGGUGCCAAGCCCAUCGCUGCAGCUGGCGUUUACCUUGGUCCCUGCGGACAGUCGCGACAGCCCAACGCCGUCGAAGACUUCAACGGCCUUGUUCCUCCGCUUUGAGGAGCUUCAGGGUCUCCAACACCCCAACCUGGCGCGUUACUUGGAACUCUUGUUGGCACGUGAUGGUUUGGUGCCGUGGCUGGAGGUCUUCAUCGCCAGCGAGCACAGCUCCUUGAGUUUGAAGGCAGCGUUGGCACAUCAACCAGCUGGUUUCUCGAGCCAAAAGGCCCUCCAGAUCAGCGCUCAGCUGGUACGCGGCCUGUGCUACUUGAAUUCCAGAGGUUUGGUGCACACGCGCUUAGAUUCCACGACGGUGAUAUUCCAGGAGAAGGUGACGGAGCAGCAUUGUGAUGUUCUGCUGACGGGUCAUGGCCUGGGGCAGCUCCUGGGCUACGGUCAGCUGGCGCAGAGUCCGCUGACGCCGUCGGACCCGUGCUGUUUGGCGCCCGAAGUGGCAGGCGCCUCAACAGGGAGUUUCUGGCCACCAAGUUGCCAGCACGACGUUUGGAGCCUUGGUAUAUUGCUUCUGCAGAUGCUUCAGGGGCCAUGGCUUGAGAUGAACACUGACAGCCCCAAGUACCAGCACUGCUGCCUGGUGGCUGCCGAAACCGCCGCAGCCCUGGGUCGCCUGAGCUCCAGUACCGGCGCGGGUAACGGCGCGGCCGCGACGCUGCCGGCGCUGCUGCAGAAUUCCUGUGGCCAUGGCGUUACGGGAGGCGACGCUACGAGACCCGGACUUCCGUUUCUGGAAAAUCUGGCGGAAGAUUCCAGGGAGCUGCAGCAGUCCUACAGAACCUGGCUUCGUGCCGAGACGUUGGAGGCGAAAUUGGAGCCAUCUGUGAAGGAUUUUUGGGAGGAGUGCCUUACCUUAAAGGCCUCCCGCCCAAAGCCUUCAGAUCUGGCCUCGCACCCCUGCAUGGCGCUGCCCUCGGGCUGCCAGGAGACUGGCCACUGGAGACCCUACGCCAAACUGCCCGGAGGUGGCACGGGUCAGCCGCUUGAGGAUGAAACCACAACGCCUGGAAAGUACCUAAGGAGCAUCGGUGUGGACGUGUCCCAACUCAGCUACUGGUGGCGCCUGGCAGGCGGCAGCCCUUACCGCGUGGCGGCUGAGCGCUUGGUGCUGCGCCCCACGCCGCCCAUUCUGCGUCUGCCUUUGGUGGUCCUGGACGGCGAGGGUCGCCAGGAGCAACGCAGCACGUUCCUGGAAAGUCGCAUCGAGGAAUUCAGCGAAGAAAAAAGUCACGGCAGCGGCAUCAAGUUUUGGGACCCUCCCAGGGAGGCUCCAUUCAGUACCUUCUCGGUGGAUCUCACAGCGCUGUGCCGUGGCUUCCGCGCCGCCGAACGGGCCACUGUGGAGGACCUGGAGGACCUGCGGCCCGAGUCCAUCUAUGCGCGCCAACGGCAUUUCAGCUACCAGUGGCUCCGUGUGAAGCGCUUCGCGCGGCUCUUGGCGGCGCCAGCGCGUCGAGUGGAGCUUCUGCGGGAGUCGGAGGAGGAUUUGCCGCCGGUGCUGCGCGACCAAAUCUGGUCGGCUCUGUUGGGUGGGUCCCCAUUGCUUCAAUCGGAUGAGCUGUGCUGGUCGCCCUUCUAUGAGAGCUUGGUGACCGCACCAUUAACAUCGGAGCCCCGGGGCUCCAGAAACUACCUCUUGGAGAGAGGGGGCGGUAGCCCUCCUUCAGUUCUCGAGGACGAAAAGUGGAAGGUGGCCCUUCGCAGCGUCCCGAGUCAUUUGUCGACCUCUGAAGCUGGAAAUUCUCGGUCAAGGCUUGGACGACUGGAUCGUUUGAUUCAUGCCCUCCUGGCGGCCAACCCAUCGCUGCAGCAUGCCGAGGGCCUCGGUGCCUUCUGCGCCGUGCUCUGCGCCGUGCUGCAGCACGAGGAGGCGGCCUUCCUGGCAGGGCAACGACUGCUGCAUGGCUUCCUCUGGCCCUUCUACGGUCCGGAUGGCGUCGCUUUCCGCCGCCGCAACCUGCAGCUCUUCAACUCACUGAUGAGUUUUGUGGAUCCGCAGCUGUCUUUACACCUGCAAGAGUUGGGUCUGCAAGGUGAUGCCUAUGCCAGCGAUUGGUUUCCCACAUGGUUUGCGCAGCUGUUGCCCUUGUCACAGGUGAUGCUUCUCUGGGAUCGAUUGCUUCUCCAACCCCCGCAGUUUCAACUCUUUGUGGCUAUUUGUUUGGUUCACUUCUUCCGUGAAUCCCUGCUUUCCUUAGACGAAGCUUCACACAUUUGCACCUUCCUCAGUAGCUGUGCUCAGCUGGUCGAUUCUCAGAUCUUGGUCACAGCUGCUCUGGAUUUCUUCCAAGCGGUUCCGGCGUCGAUCACCCUGGCCAUCUAUCCCCGGCAUUCCGCCGGCGAAGCCUUGCUUUGGGAAGAAGGGAAGGCCCCCAUCGCCGCGGACAGCACCUGGGGAUACCUGAACAGCAUCUUUUCCCAGACGCAAGCAGAGACUGAAGAAGAUGUGCAUCGAAAGGAGAGCCUGGUGCAACAUGCCACGGAACAAUGGCGGCAGUGCGAGUGGUGGCGUCAGCGCAGCAAUAGUACAACGACCCCACCUGUGAUCACUGUGGAUGAUCUCCUGAGUUAUCGCAGUCGCUGCUUCAUUUUGGACGUCCGCAGCGCUGAGGACUUUGAGAACUGCCACUUUCAAUCCAGCGUGCACGUGGAUCCUGCAGCCGACUUACGACAUCCGUCGUUGCCCACGGAUUUCGUGUCCCAAUGUGGCACACCAGGCGAAUCCGAUGGUGAGCAGCCAGCUUUCGCUGCCCCGUGGCUCUUUGGAAAGAGAAGAGCUUUGCGUCUUGUGGUGGUCAUCGGUGGCGAAGACUUUGGGAUUUCCUUCGCGGAACGCCUGUUGAAUGCUGGAGUCAGGCAUGUGCUGUGCCUUCUGGGUGGCCUUGAUGCCGUGCUCCAGGAGGCACCCAGUUACCUCUCCCGUGUGGAGAGCCGCGGCGAAAAAAACGGCUGCGGCCAGCGGGGCGCCCGCGGUGGUGGGACCAUCCGUGAUGUUUGGGAGGAGACUAUAAUCAUAUGGCAGUGUGUCAAAACCUUGUACCCCUGGUGA